AUGGAGCCGACGUACCGCGGUCUGGGGCGCUGUUCCUGCGCUUUUUGGUUGGCAGUGUCCUUCGACAUAUUCGGGCUGCUCGUUCUUUUGAUCGGUGUUUUUGCGGACAUAUUCUUCUAUGACUUUUUAAUCUACGCCGGGGCCAUCAUCAUCUUCCUCAGCCUCAUUUGGUGGGUGUUCUGGUACACGGGCAAUAUCGAGGUCCCCUCAGAGGAGCUGGAGGAUGACGUCGGGCUCUUGAAGAAGGAGCGGGACAUCGCAGGUGCGGUGAGGUGGUUAUCCAGCCGUCUCUCCAACAGUAUCAGGAACUCUCUGCGGCGGAAUGGAGGCCCCCCCCGAGGGGUCGCGAGAAGGGCAGGGACCGCGCUGUCUACGACGCACAUGAGGGAUGCCCAACAGCAACCGGAGCCCCCGCCUGUCGUAUUGGCGAUGGGCCCGCGUGAUGAGGACGUGCACACGGUGUCUGCAUCCGUGGACACUGACAUACCUGUCCCGCACACAGCUACAGAGACUUCGGCCAUAUGA